UGCGUUUACGCAGACCAGAUGUUGUACCUCGUGCGCCAAAUCUUCGCAAAAGUGCCGCAUCCUGGGGGACUACGAUGCGCUUUGACCGCUUCUCAUGUAUCACAGGACAUCUGGGACCCUCCCACGGCUCUUUUCUGCAGCUCUACUCAGCGCGUCAACCACCGCCCUCACCAUCUGUUGAGGUUCCAAACCAACCAGCCACCCGUCAUCGUUUUCGAAGACUCCUUCAGCAGCUGUGACAAAAUCUCCCGGCCUAACCGUACCCGGUGGGGGUCUCCAUCGUCCAGAGGUGUGCCCUCCUUGCGGGCAAAUACGGUGUACUACAUACUUGUGAUCAGAGCCAGUGUACUUGCUGCAGUGGACUGCUCCCCCCCAUCGUAG